AUGGUUUGCAUGAUCCAUAUCGUGGUUUUGUUGCUAGCGAUCACGACCGUCUUUGAAAUAUUUCCACUGAUUACCGUCCCCGUAACCAAGUAUCUGUCGUUAUCGUCAUUUAGAAACCACUACUAUGGACUUUUUGGAUGGUGCGUCCGUGGGAAAAGCCAGGAAUUGAUGUGCACUAAAAUGAAGAUAGGGUAUGAUAGUACGGAUGUCGAUUCAUCUGGUCACGUUUUGACACUGCCGUCGCACUCGAAAGUGGUCGUCUCCAAUCUACUGGUGGUGCAUCCGAUUUCAUUGGCGUUCACAGGAACAUUACUAAUACUUGCAGUGAUAAUUAUGGUAACGCCGUUGGGCGAUUCACCUGAGAUGCUGUUGUUUACGGCCCUAUUUUCGCUACCAACGUUCAUGCUAUGUCUUUUAUGCUUUUUAGUUGAUAUUCUUCUUUUUAUCUCAAAAUUGGACUGGCCGGGCUGGCUAAUGUUAGCUGCUACUAUCAGCAUGGCACUUUGUUGUUCCAUGCUUUGGGUAAUGAGAAGAGUUGUGUCAGUUAAAAAAUAUGAAUCGCAGCAAUCAAUUGCGCAUGCGCGCUCAGUUGAACAGUACUCGAUCUCAGACAUCUAUCAGAGCAAGCAAACCAGCAAUGGAUCGGAGUUUGAGGUUACUUCGGUGCCUACAGAUAGUCUAACUACCCCAGAAAUUACGCAUAGAGGGUUUAUUGACUAA